UGACACUGUGGCACACAUUUAUGCGUGCACGCACCACCUGCCACCCCUCGUGCGCCCCAGUGCACGGGGGACACCAGCGUGUGUGUGUGAGACAGAGGCGGAUGGCCUUGGCCACGCGGGACGCACCCGCUGAGCUCUGCCUUCGCGGGACGGGUUCCAAACUUGCCCCACCUUUUGUUCUUUGUUUUUUUUUUUAUCUUUUAAACUGCAGCUUAAACUGAAAGGUUCUACAUCCUUCUCUUGGUGCCACCUGUCUGACUCCACCCCCCUUCACCUGCGGAAACAAACAGAAGAGGAAUGAGGGAGACUCAGAGGAUGGAUAUUUUCUUCUGAACUGUUGUUGAUGGAUUUAUUACUAUCAACCAUAUUUUAGUUAGAAAACUGAGUGAAAAAUGGGUGACUGGAGCUUUUUGGGGCGGUUGCUGGAAAAUGCUCAGGAACACUCAACUGUUAUUGGAAAGGUUUGGCUCACUGUCCUUUUUAUUUUCCGCAUCCUGGUUCUGGGUACAGCAGCCGAGGAGGUUUGGGGUGACGAGCAGUCAGACUUUACCUGRAAUACACAGCAGCCUGGUUGUGAGAACGUCUGCUAUGACGAGGCUUUCCCCAUCUCUCACAUUCGCUUCUGGGUGCUGCAGAUCAUCUUUGUCUCCACACCUACCCUCAUCUACCUGGGCCAUGUGCUACACAUUGUCCGCAUGGAGGAGAAGAGACGGGAGAGGGAGGAAGACCUCAGAAAGGCAGCACAGCACCUGGAGGACUAUGACCCCUUGUAUCACAAUGGGAUUGGCGAUGGCGGAGGAAGAGGUGGGAAGAAAGAAAAACCCCCAAUUCGUGAUGAGCAUGGGAAGAUCCGGAUCCGCGGGGCGUUACUAAGAACCUAUAUCUUCAACAUCAUCUUCAAGACGCUGUUUGAAGUGGGCUUCAUAUUGGGACAGUACUUCCUCUACGGCUUCCACCUGAGGCCGCUGUAUAAGUGUCGCCGCUGGCCCUGCCCGAACACCGUAGACUGCUUCAUCUCCAGGCCCACUGAAAAGACAAUCUUCAUCAUCUUCAUGCUUGUGGUAGCAUGCAUCUCCUUGGUCCUCAAUCUGCUGGAGAUCUACCACCUGGGCUGGAAGAAAGUCAAGCAGGGGGUCACCAAAGAGUUUGUUCAUGACAGUCAGUCGCUGCUGGGUGAUAAACCUAGAGAGACAGAAUUCAUUCCUGAACAGACGUCUCCGUCGGUGCUCGAAUCUUUGCCAGUCUAUGCCAACGUGAGUGUGGUGGAAGAUGAAGAAACUGAGGGAGGAGCUUACAGUCAACCUGGGACCUCUCACACAGUGAUCUCCUUAAACCAUGACARGGCCUCCGCACCUAUGCCUGCAGGAUCUACAUCGGAUCGUGCUGCGUUCCACCAAGAAGACUUCCUGUUGGAGACUUCGUUUUACGACAACAGUGAGAGUUUGGGAAGCCAUGGACAUCUGGCAGAGAUAGAACAGAACUGGUACAACACGGCUUUGGAGCUGGAUGGAAAACGUUCUUCCUCAUAUACCCCUCCUCUUGCCUCCGGCUCCUCAUCUCCUGAGAACGAUACAGCACCUUCAAAAGAAAAGCAACUCUCCAUGUUUCCAACGCUCCCUCUCAAUACCCCUCUUUCCUCUCUCGCACCAGAGGAGAAAAAAUUGGAAGAGGAAAUCCCGGUCGCAUCAGCACUUUGCACGGUGCCACAGGAUGACUUCACAGUCGUAACCAGGGCAGAGAUGCAUCAGCCUCCCACAGAUGCAGGAACAGACUUUAGGAAGCCAAGUCGGGGAAUGAAGAGUGGCGGUGCUCGAGCUCGUCCUGAUGAUCUGGCAGUGUAGCUAAAAAGCAAAAACUCAAAACACUGACAUGAUAAUGUAUACAUGCUCUUUAAGAGAUGCUUUAUGAACAGUAGCGUAAAAUUACACCCCAUGUUCUGCAAUGCAAGACUGGUCUUUUGCUACAAGAAGCACAAGACGUCYUGAAAAAAACAAUAAUUUCAGAGUUGGAUUAGAAGACCAACAUCAUACUUACAUUCGUGUGAUAACAGAUGUGAAGAAUCAAGACCUUGAUCUUAGCAUGGUUGCAGGAAACAAUGAAACAGCUAACCCAAGUCACUUUAAAGCUCAGUAGCUAAAACUUUCACCAACAGUUUGCAAAGACGGAACAACCUAAUUUUCAACAAGGAUUGCCAGUYCUACCCUGGCCCAUCCAUUUCCUCCUGGUUAAUGUCCUAAAUAAAGACUUUUAUCAACUUUGGCUCCAGUUGCCAUUGUUAGAAACAUCAAAGUACAAAUGCUAGUUUUAGAGACUCUUUCACUCGGGGGACUGCAAGAAUGGACACAGCUGACUUGUUUUUUAACAGAAGAACYCAUUAACAAAUUGGAACUUGAUGAUUGAGGCCAGCUGUAAGUGGAUAYCAUAACACUGGAUCCUGCAGGUUGUGGUGUACCACAGUUUUUAAUUGAAUCUUUCUGACAUUGUAACAUUUUUAUUCUGUAAAUCUAGAUCGCUAAAGUCCCUGUGAAUUAGCACUAGUUUCUAAGAAACAGCUACAUCAUGUUUACUAAGUAGCUUACGUUUAAAAAUGUUUACCAUCCUAGUUCUAAACAAAUCAACYAAAUUAAACUAUUGCUAAUAAA